AUGACGAUUGAAGACGAGCCAGCCUACAUUUUACCAUCGGUGAAGGUGCCUUUAUCUGACAGCUAUACUUACGCAAGUCCAGUGCCUCAAUCGCUGAUCGAUUCAAAAGAGCCAUGUGUUUUGGGCGUUGACGAAGCUGGUCGCGGUCCCUGUUUGGGCCCCAUGGUGUAUGCUGUAUGCUAUUAUCCCUUAUCACGACAUGAAGAAUUCAAAGAGCUUGGGUUUGAUGAUUCGAAAAAGCUGACAGAAGAACGACGUGUCAACCUCGCUCAAGUGAUUGAAAGGAAUUUGGAUUGGGUUGGUUGGGCAGUUCAAGUCAUUUCCCCUCGCGAUAUCUCUUGCAACAUGUAUUGCCGGCCGCCUUACAACUUGAAUGAAAUGGCACAUGAUGCGACGAUGCAUUUGAUCCGACAAGUAUUGAACUCGCAAGUGCAAGUGAACGAGAUCUAUGUUGAUCCUGUAGGUCCGUCACAGUCGUACAAGGCCAAACUAUCUCGAUAUUUCCCCGGCAUUCAAUUCACUAUUGAACCUCGUGCUGAUUCGCUUUACCCAUCAGUAAGUGCGGCAAGUAUUUGUGCCAAGGUAACACGUGAUCAGAUCCUGGAGCACUGGAUAUGGACCGAGUCAGAUCUUGAGGGCAAGGUUUCAAAAUCCUUUGGAUCGGGUUAUCCUUCAGAUCCCAAUACGGUCAAGUGGCUCGAUGAAAAUGAAGAUCCAUUUUUCGGCUUCCCUAGUUUGAUACGAUUCAGCUGGAAAACGAUCUCUAACCGUAUGGAUGAGACUAGCGUGGUUGAAUGGUCGGAAGAUGAAGAUGAAGAUGAGAAGCAGAAAAGGAAACGUAAACGAGGUGGCCAGCAAAGCACGCCCUCACCGCCACCACCAAAGCCUGUAUACCAACGUAGUAGAAUCAACCAAUCCUUCAGCCUAGAAGCCGUCCAAACCUUGUGA